AUGGCGGCUGGAGGUAGCGAUCCGCGGGCGGGCAACGUCGAGGAGGAUGCCUCACAGCUUAUCUUUCCCAAAGAGUUUGAAACAGCGGAGACAUUACUAAAUUCAGAAGUUCAUAUACUUCUGGAGCAUCGAAAGCAGCAGAAUGAGAGUGCAGAAGAUGAACAGAAACUUUCUGAGGUCUUCAUGAAAACUUUAAAUUAUACAGCCCAUUUCAGCCGUUUCAAAAACAGAGAGACCAUUGCCAGUGUCCGUAGCUUGUUGCUACAGAAGAAACUUCAUAAGUUUGAGUUAGCCUGUUUGGCCAGCCUUUGCCCAGAGACUGCUGAGGAGUCAAAGGCACUGAUACCAAGCCUGGACGGGCAGUUUGAAGAUGAGGAGCUACAGCAGAUUCUUGACGAUAUCCAGACCAAGCACAGCUUUCAAUAUUAG